AUUAUUUUAUACAAUUUGACUUGCUGGUUGAUUUCAUUCUAUGUAUGUUAAAAGAAUAAAGUGUAGAUCUACCGAUUGACGUAGAACUAGGUUAUUACAUUUGGUUUGUUGGUCGAAGCUUCAGCUAUGACUUUUUCUUACAUAACAGCAUAAUAUCGACGCAUAAGGGGUGAUUGAGCCAAAAUGUUGAGGCUCUCAGUGAUAAGACUAUCUACAGGAUUACAAAAUGGUAGGCCUUUUGCUGUGGGAUUGCAUACAUCCUCCAAGCUGCAACAAGAAUUGGUAGAGGUAUUCAUCGAUGACAAACCUGUUCAAGUUCCACCAGGGACAACUGUUUUGCAGGCAGCUGCAAAGGUUGGAGUAGAAAUUCCCAGAUUUUGUUAUCACGAACGUUUAGCCGUGGCAGGAAAUUGUAGAAUGUGUUUGGUGGAAAUUGAAAAACAAGUUAAGCCUGUUGCUGCUUGCGCCAUGCCUGUAAUGAAAGGCUGGAGAGUGAAGACUAAUUCAGAUUUAACUCGUAAAGCUCGUGAAGGUGUCAUGGAGUUUUUGUUGGUAAAUCAUCCUUUAGAUUGUCCGAUUUGUGAUCAAGGUGGCGAAUGUGAUUUGCAAGACCAAAGUAUGGCAUUUGGCAGUGAUAGGAGCAGAUUUGUUGACAUUAAUUACAGUGGUAAAAGAGCAGUCGAAGAUAAGGACAUUGGACCUCUGGUAAAAACAAUUAUGACACGUUGCAUUCAUUGUACAAGGUGUAUUCGUUUUGCGUCCGAAGUAGCUGGUAUCGAUGAUUUGGGAACUACAGGUCGUGGAAAUGAUAUGCAAGUAGGAACAUACGUAGAAAAGAUGUUCCUAUCUGAAUUAUCUGGUAAUAUCAUCGACCUGUGUCCUGUUGGAGCUUUAACCAGUAAACCGUAUGCUUUUGUUGCGCGUCCAUGGGAGACGCGUCGCACAGAUAGCAUCGAUGUCCAUGAUGCUGUUGGUAGUAACAUAGUGUUAUCGCACAGAACAGGUGAAGUCUUAAGAAUUUUACCAAGGGUAAACGAAGAAAUAAACGAAGAAUGGCUAUCGGACAAAGCACGCUUCUCUUACGACGGACUUAAGCGUCAAAGGCUCAUAAUACCCAUGAUGAAAAUUAAUGGAAAGUUGGAGUCCAUUGAUUGGGAAGAUGCUCUUAUGGCAGUUGGUGAAGUUUUACAUAACGUAGCCGCGAAUAAGUGUGCAGCAAUUGCUGGCAAACUAGCGGAUGCCGAGUCUCUGGUAGCACUGAAGGAUUUAGUAAAUGCACUUGGUAGUGAAACUCUUGCAACGGAACAAAAUUUCCCAAAAAGUGGCGCGGGUAUUGAUAUAAGAAGCAAUUAUUUAUUAAAUAACACGAUCGCUGCAGUCGAGGAUGCCGAUGUCGUAUUAUUGAUUGGUACAAAUCCAAGAUACGAAGCACCACUAGUGAAUACUCGUUUAAGAAAAGGAUACAUUCAUGGUGAACAGACUAUUGCUUUAAUUGGUCCAGAUGUAGAUUUAACAUACGAUCACGAGCAUUUGGGCCAGUCUCCGGAAAUUAUAACACAAUUGAGGAAUGGUACUCAUGCAUUUUCGAAAACUUUAAAAGCUGCUAAGAAACCUCUCGUCAUUUUGGGCGUCGAGCAAUUAAAUAGGAAAGAUGGGGCGAAAAUUUUGUCCGAAACGCAAUUACUGGCACAGUCUUUGGGAGACAAUACGAAUACUCCCGAAGGAUGGAAAGUUCUAAAUGUUCUUCAUACGAAUGCGUCACAAGUAGCUGCUUUAGAUAUAGGUUAUUCCUCGACCAUCGAGGAUAUAAAGCAGCUGCAACCAAAAGUUCUAUUCCUAUUGGGAGCCGACGAUGCAAAUAUAAAGAAAGAAGACUUUCCAAACACUUCUAUCGUAUACAUAGGUAGCCAUGGAGAUGCAGGAGCUUUGAUUGCAGAUAUUGUACUUCCUGGUGCUGCAUAUACCGAAAAAGUGGCGACAUACGUAAAUACGGAAGGUCGUGCUCAAGAAACUUGUGCUGCAAUUACCCCACCGGGUAUGGCACGACCAGAUUGGAAGAUUAUUCGAGCUAUUUCCGAGAUUUGCGGAAUUCGUUUACCGUACGACAAUUUGGACGAGGUCAGGUCUAGACUAGAAGACAUUGCACCGCAUUUGGUUAGAUACGGUAACGUGGAACCAGCCAAUUAUUUUGCCCAGGCAUUACAGUUAUCAAAGGAGUCAAGCGGAUCUUUAUCAUCAUCGAGUCCAUUGGAAGUUAAGCAAAAGACGUUGGAUGAAUUUUUCAUGACAGACGCAAUAUCCCGCGCUUCGUCUACAAUGGCCAAGUGUGUGCAAGCAGUUAUCCGGCAACGAGAAAGUACAGCGUAAACCACUAACUAUAGAAAAUGUAAAUAGGAAUGAGUUAUGGUAGAUACGCAUAGUAGAUAGUAACAUGAGAACAUAUUCUAAGUAUGGUACUUUUAUUAAAGACACAUCAGAAGUGAAAGGACCUUUUUUUAAUUAUUAUGUUAACCGAUGUGAUACAUAUUAACUUAAUAAAAUAAACAAAUUAAGUAUUAAUUUAAC